UUAUAAUGAAAAUUAUUAAUUGAAACUUGGAUUUAUUAGGAUUUUUGCCAACAUUCCUGAAAAAAAUUUACAACAACAUAAAAAGUCUAUUUUUAUAGGAAAUUUCAGAAAGCCAUUCGAUAAAAUGUCUUCGAUACGAAAAUGGUUAGCAUCAAAAGUAUUUUCAUCAGUUCUUUCCAAUGAUGGUCAUCAUCAUUUGAAUGAUUCAAAUGGAUCGCACACUAACGGUGAUAAUGGUGGAUUCUCUUCUCUAUUCGGUUCUCCAUUUUCAAAUCCAUCUACAUCAUCAUCUGGUGCAGGUGCUAUAAAUAGAAAUGGAGAUGGAUUUGCAAUUCCAGGAUCAUCACAAGAUCAUACUGCAACAAUAUUUUCAACAUUAGAUUCGUCAUCAUCCAAUGUUGAAAAUCAAUCAUAUUUUUCCGUCAUAUAUCAUCAUUAUAAUUCUCGAAUUCGUAAACAUCAGAUACAAACAGCAACAAUACAACCGAAUGAUAAAUUCUUAAUAACAUUAAUGUACCAAUUUUAUCAAGCAAAUGAAGAAUUGAAUUAUACAUCAUCUGAAUUGGAUACAUUUGAUGGCCGUAAAGAUACCGAUCGUUGUUCUGCCUUGGUGAAUAGUCUUAAAAAAACUCAAGAUCGUGUUAUAAGUUUAAUAUUUAGUAUAAUGGACGAAAUCGGUUGUGAACGUGCUUCAAGAGAAUAUCGGCUAAAAUUUCCCGAUGAAUUACUCACUGGCGAAGGUAUCGAAUCACUCAACAGUCAAAUUUGGUUUGGAGCUGAAUGUCUGACAGCUGGAUCUACUAUAACGAAUAACCAGGAUAAGUCGAAUUAUUUGAGACCCAUCGCAAUCAAUUUGACAACAACGUUGGAUCAGAUUCGUUAUGAAUUACGAUCCUGUUGUAAUUAUUUACCCAAAACCCCUCGAAUUUCAAAAGAUUUGAUUCGAAAAUUGGAAAACUUUGAUAAUCUUUUUUCCUCAUUUGAGUAUGAUUACGUAAAAGCAAUGUUACAGAUCAAAAACUGUGAAGAUAUUGAAAAUUUACAAGAAUUGACCAUACUGUUCAGUGAAACAUUAUCAUAUUCACUUGAAAAAGGUUUAAUUUCCAAAGAUGAAGUUGAUGGUUGCCAACCAUCAGUUAUGAUUGCCUUACCACGUCUGUCGAUUGUUCGAGGUUUAUUACAAGGUUUCGGUUCAGUUGUUUGUAAACACGAUCCAGCAGAAUUGACAACAAUUUUGCGGCCUUAUCAUAAUUUAUUGUUAGAAUUUCACGAAUUUCUGAUGAAUCUUAGUGAUGAUGAAGUUUUUUUUCUUGAAAGAUUACUAUCGACUAAUCAUGAUAAUCUGAUCGACUAUUCGGUAGAUAAUCAUUCGGCAAAUAUUUCUUCAUUAAUGAUGAUAGAUUCUGGUCAGACAGAUCAAAAUUCUCAUCAACAGCAUCAAGAUAGCCUAUUGGCUAUAUUCAAUAAAUUUUUCCGUCAUGCUAAACGAAUGAAAGAUUCUUGUCCACGAAAUCCUGAACUAACUGCAAAUCAUCUUCAUCACAGUCAUAACUAUCAUGAUGAAGAGGAUGAUAAUCAAUUACAAUCUAUGAAAAAACACCAAUCAACAACUACUUCAACCAUAUUUCGGAAAUCUUUACUCACCAAUCGUUAUAUAUCGGCAUCAGUUGAUUUUCUACUAACCAAUAACGUUCGUAAUGAUUCGGCUAACAAUGGUAACGAUGAAUCAGGCAACAACAAUAUUGUACAUCCACAACGUUAUAGUCCAUAUAAAUCAAACGAAGCACUUUUCCGCUUUAAUUCGUUGCCAAAUAUUAAUUUCAAUUUGACUAAUGAUAUGGAUGAUGAUAAUUCUGAUAUUCGCAAUCCUGUCCAUAAGCGUUCAUCAAGUAUUUCACGUGAUUAUUCAUCAUCAGCUACAACGACAUCAACUUCAUCAUCAUGUCCAUCGGUAUCAAUAACCUGUUCAUCAUCAUCCAUAUCGGUUGAAUUGGAUUUCCUUAAACAAAUCAAAGAUAUGCUCAAACGAACGCAAUUAAAAACUUUGACAAAAAAUCGUAACUGUUGUCCGCAACAACAACAACAAACGCAGCAUCGAUCAACCUCGAGUGGUGGUGUGGCUACCAAUUCUAAUGUCCAGCCUUUGAAUGAAAUUCUUGCUAAUCCUCGGGCAAAAACAGCAGCAGAUCGUCGUCGUUGUCAUCAUCACCAUCUUCAUCACAAUGAUAUCGCUUCGAACAACCAUUGCGGUGAUCAACACUCUGCACAAAAGACGAGCACGGCUGCCAUGUUUACGCCUACAACAUCGACAUUUUCUAACAACUCCGUUCAUUUUGAUUUAGAUUCAUUUUAUACUGACGAUCUUUCUCAAUUGACAUUAUAUACAAGAAAAAUUUUACAUCAAGUUUUUGUGAUGAUUUCAAGAAUUGCCGAUGAAUUCCAGACAAACUACGCCAGUGAAUUGCGCAAUAUAUUGCGUACUGUUUUCAUGUUACAGGAUAUCCAAGAGGAAGAAGAAGAAAAACGUAAACUUCAAAUACAAAAUAAUCAAUCAAAGAUGAUGAUGCAGCCAAUCGAAGUUCAAAUCGGUCAAUUAUAUGUUGAUAAUAGUGAUAAUAAUUGCAAUGAUCAUAAUACUAAUGGAUAUCAUCCGAUGGAUAAUCGUGAAAUUGAAGAAGCAAUCGAUGCUUGUCAUGAAUAUCUUGUAAUGAACCAGACGAAUAUGAAUGAUCUAACGAUGAAUGAAAGGAAUCAAUCCACCAGUAAUCAUUCUAGUCACAAAAAACAACGAUCGCGCAGCCCAGCUUCAUCAAAAGCAAGGGCUUUCGUUGAUAGAAUCAUUUCGGAAUCAACAACUGAUGAUGAUGAUGAUGAUGAUAAUACGAGCUGUGAUAGAACGACAAACACUCGUUAUAAUCGUGAUCUUUGUCAUUAUUCGGACCGUACUUAUUCAUCAUUAGAUGAUAUACGGCCUAAGUUCCAAAAUCAUCAAGGAUCAACUUCCAGUUUAUCCACAAAUCAACAUAACAUUCGAAUUAAAAGUGCUAUUCGUACAAAUGGUGUUACUGACCAUGAACAUCAUCAGAAUAGUCAAACAAACAUUUCUCUGAAUUCAUCCCAUUCAACCUCUACAUCGAUAUCAUCCUCCAAUCAAUCGUCUCAUAGUUUGCAGCCAUCCCAUUUCACAUCUUCGAGUGCAACGACGAUCGAUGAAACUCGCAUCAAUAAUGGUGAACUUCCACCAUUUCUUCAGUUUACUAAUACUGAUUCUCAGCAUGGAAUGAUUCCUAUUCUUGGUUCUGCAAUAAGUAUGUUGGAGCAAUCAUCAGCCAUGAUGAACACAACCGCAACCCGAUUGUUGAUACCACCAGUUUGGAAGCCGGAUGAUUCUGUAACAAGUUGUGAAUCUUGUUCGCAACCAUUCACAUUCAUGCGACGAAGACAUCAUUGUCGCCGUUGUGGUCGUAUUUUUUGUCAUCAAUGUUCAUCAAAUUUCGUUGCAUUGAAAUGUUUCGGAUAUGCUAAACCGGUGCGUGUUUGUGAUGAGUGUUUCAUCCAUCAUCAACAACAACAACAAUCAAAUCAUGAUCAACAACCGUCACAUCGUCACCAUCAUCAUCAUCAUCGUCAUCGCCAUACAAAUAGACAUCGCCAUAAUGCUACUUUUGGUGCCUCGUCUUAAUUUUUUUUUUCUAAUUUUUUCUAAAGUGGUCUUAUUUUUUAUUCUGGUCACCUAAUCGAUUUUUGCUGUUUUUUUCUCUGUACAAUAAACAAUUAUUUAAUCAAAAAAUAAUAAAUUUGGAAUUUGGUCAAUCUUCCUAUUUUUUCCCAU